AUGCUGCUGUGUCGGAUUGUGCUGGCACUGCUGCUGCUGGUGCUGCUCCACUACUGCCACGCGGAGAAUGAGACCACCAAGACAGCACCAGUUUCCCUAGCGGAAUCCUUGGCCAGAUCGGCAGGAUCCUCGGUCCGACUUAUUCAAAGCGAUCCCUAUAUCUCGCGCAACCAGAAGCAGUGCUUCGAGACCCGCAGCCUGGUGUCCUGCAUCAAGUACAAGGCCAGCAAGCUCAUCUGGAAACUGGCCACCAACAGCAUGGGUUUCUUCCCCAACGAGUAUGGACGCGAUCUAGCCGGGGAUAAAGGCCGCUGGCUGAGAUUGGUCCAGUUAGGAGAGCCCGCCGACGAGGUGGUCGUGUUCAACGACGCCAAGAGCUUGGAAGGAGACAGCGAGCUGACGAUGAUUCUGAAGUUCCUCAAGAGGGCGGUGGAGACCUUCGGACGUAACCAUGGACUCCAGUUGAGACUAAACAGUGACAGUGGAGCUAGGGUCAUGGAGGAAUCAGAAGCCCGUUUGAAGCGCAAGAAGAAGAAGUGGCUCGUUAUCCUCCCACUCAUCAUCCUGAUUAAGAUUGCCCACCUUAAGAUGACCCUCGUGUCCAUGCUGACGGGUGUGCUGGGCAUGAACGUGCUGUUGGUGGGCGGAGUGGGCUGGCUGAUUCACUACCUCAAGUACAAGACCAUGUGCAAGAUCCAUCCGCACCUGGUUCAAACUCACUCUCAUGUCUACGAAUCUGACCCCACGGACUACUCCCAGUUCGUGGGCAGCAGCAGCUACUCCAACUCUUAUUCCCCCUAUAGCUCCGGAUCCGGGGCUCCUCACGAUAUCGGCGGCAACAGCUAUAGCAAGGACUGGGCCACGAGUAAGGCAUAUAAUGCCCACAACUACCUGGACACGAUCAGCAAGCGGAUACAGUAG